AUGUACCACUGUGCCUUGAUCCGGAUUCAUGCAUACUCGCGUGCUUUCACAGGCUUCAUGCACAAGCAGCGAAUACGUAUGGCUGAGGAUGUCGGACCUCAGUCCACCUCUACCGCGCCCCAGGAGAGAGCCCAGCCCUGGAAGGCGAUGCAGGAAGUCCAGAACCUGUUCAAGCCCGAAGUGCCCGCCGCUGCUGAAACCGCCGACAAGGCCGAAGAAGAAGAGCCCUUGAAGCUCAACUUGCUCCGGGCUCAGUUCAACUCCGCCAGAUCCAACAUUGCCAAUGUCGAGGAGAAGCACUAA